GCAGGCGCGAACACGAAUUUCCGGCUGUGUAUCCGUGUGUGAGCUCGCGGUUCCGCCUGGUCUUUUUUAUUAUAACCGAAAAGUAAUCGACUCUAGAUACACCGACUGUUAUCGGUUUGAAAACGGUCCGUAAGCUCUUUUGUUUCCCGCAACACCCGACGGCGGUUUGAUAUAUCUUAGUGUGAUUUGUGUAAAACCAAGUGUGUGUUGGUCAAACUAAGUCCCUCCAUUAAUUUAAUUCCAUGGCAGGCACCCCGGCGGUGGUGAUGCGGCUGGUGGCAUCGGCCUUUGCGGUGGCCGAGAGGGCCGGGGGCAUCGCCAGGAAGGUCAUGCGCAGUGGAGACCUUGGCAUCGUGGAGAAGACAGGGGCCAAUGACUUGCAAACUCUGGCUGACCGCUUGGUUCAGAAAAGCAUCUGUGCCUCCCUGUCACAGCACUUCCCCAAAGUGACCAUCAUAGGAGAGGAGGAUUUGCCAGCUGAGGCUGUUGAAGAGGAACUGAUUGAGAACGGACAGUCUGAAGAGAUCCUGCAGAAGCCCUGUCCAUCAGAAUACAUCAACAUAAAGGAAGAGGAGCUUGUUGUGUGGGUUGAUCCUCUAGACGGCACCAAAGAGUACACAGAAGCGGCGCAACAACUGCACACUGCUGGUCAGGCGCAGCUGACACACACUGAGCUGGACACACUGCAGCGCUGCACAGCUCUUUGUCUUCUGGAUCAUGUAACCGUUCUGAUUGGCAUCGCAUACAAUGGGAAGGCUAUUGCCGGGGUCAUUAACCAGCCCUUCUUCAACUACCAGCUGGGUCCAGGGACGACCUUAGGGAGAACAUUGUGGGGAAUGCUGGGACUGGGAGCAUUCGGUUUUGAACUGAAGGAGGUAGAGGGAGGAAAAUGCAUUAUCACUACAACCCGUUCCCAUAGCAACAAACUGGUGGCAGACUGUGUACAGGCUAUGGAACCACAUGAUGUUAUCAAAGUGGGUGGUGCUGGGAACAAGAUAAUCCAGCUGGUGGAGGGCAAGGCUUCAGCUUAUGUGUUUGCCAGCCCAGGCUGCAAGAAGUGGGACACAUGUGCCCCAGAGGCCAUUCUGCAUGCCGUUGGGGGUAAGCUAACCGACAUGCAUGGCAGAGCGUACAAAUAUCAUGCAGAUGUGAAGCACAUGAACUCAGCAGGGGUAUUGGCCACAUUGCGCAAUCACCAAUAUUAUAUCUCCAGGGUUCCUCAGUCAGUCCUGGAUGCUCUACCCUCUGACUGAGGCAUGCACACCAUGCCAAAGCUUUGGAACACAGGGCUUGAUUUCACCCCCUAUUCCUAACUACUAAAUGGGGGGGGGGGAAG